ACUUCUCUCCAACAGAGAACCAGGAAACAAAAUCUUCACACUGUAAAAUGGCAGAAGCCAAUGCUGAUCCUGAAGAUUUGGAGUGUGAUUUCUGUACUGGGAGAAAACACAAAGCCGUCCAGUCCUGUCUGGUGUGUCUGGCCUCUUUCUGUGAAGCUCACCUCCAGCCUCACUACCAAUCUCCAGCCUUUAAGAAGCACAAGCUGGUCAAAGCCUCCAGACGACUCCAGGAGCAGAUCUGCUCUCAGCACGAUAAACUGCUGGAGGUUUACUGUCGCUCAGACCAGCAGUGUAUCUGCAUGCUGUGUACCAUGGAUGACCAUAAAGGACAUGAUACAGUGUCACUUGGAGCAGAAAGAUCUGAGAAACAGAAGCAGGUGGUGGAAACACAGAGGAAAUACAAGAAGAGAAUCCAGGAGAGAGAGAAGGAGCUUCAGGAGUUAACAGAGGCUGUGGAGACUCACAAGCGCUCUGCUCAGACAGCAGUGGAGGACAGUGAGAAGAUCUUCACUGAGAUGAUCCUCUCCAUUGAGAGAAGACGCUCUGAGGUGAGGCAGAUGAUCAGAGAUCAGGAGAAAUCUGCAGUGAGUCGAGCUGAAGAACGUCUGAAGAGACUGAAGCAGGAGAUCACAGAGCUGAAGAGGAGAGAUGCUGAUCUGGAGAAGCUUUCAUUCACAGAGGAUCACAUCCAUUUCCUCCAGAGUUUUCAGACUCUCUCAGCUCCUCCUGGAUCUUCAGCAUCACCUGCUUUUACUCUCAGUCCUCUCAACACUUUUGAAGUUGUUAUGAAGUCUGUUUCUCAGCUGAGAGGAAAACUAGACGAAUUCUGGAAAGAGGAAUUUGAGAAGACAUCAGCUGCAGUGAAGGAAGUGCAGAUCAUUCUUCCUCCUGAACCCAAAAGCAGAGAAGACUUCCUGGAGUAUUCCUGUCAGCUCACACUGGAUCCAAACACAGCUUUUAAAUACCUCCUCCUGUCUGAGAGGAACACAGUGGUGACCUGCAGCUACACAGUCCAGCCAUAUCCUGGUCAUCCAGACAGAUUUGAUGGAUGGGCUCAGGUUCUGUGUAGAGAGAGUGUGAGUGGAUGCUGCUACUGGGAGGUUGAGUGGAGAGGAGAUGGAGGGGUUGAUUUAGCAGUGUCUUAUAAAAGCAUCUCCAGGAAGGGAGGCAGGGAGUGUGGGUUUGGAUGUAAUAAUGAUCAGUCUUGGAAAUUGUUCUCUAAUUCCUCCAGAUACACAUUCAGUUACAAUAACAGAGAAACUGAAAUCUCCGGAGUGCCCGUCUCCUCUAGAAUAGGAGUGUAUGUGGAUCACAGGGCAGGAACUCUGUCCUUCUACAGCAUCUCUGAUACCAUGACCCUCAUCCACAGAGUCCAGACCACCUUCACUCAGCCGCUCUACGCUGGGUUUGGGUUGAGCUCCAACUCAUCAGUAAAUCUUUUACUUUCAGCAAAAUAGAUGAACAUGCAGAACAAAGAGAAGAGCUGGAUGAGAUCAGAUAAGAACUGCAGAAUCUAGACUGUAGAGCUGAUUAAAUAAAGUUAUAAUAGUGCUGGGAGAUAUUGUAAACUUAAAAAAUCAAAAUUAAAAUGAAAUAAAUCAGGUACAUAAGUACAGGUGUGUAAAAACCUGGGUGCAUGACCCUACUUAGUAUGCAGAAAGAACACAAUAUAUACAACAUAUAAAUACAAAAUACAAUAGAAAAACACUUAAAUUACUGUACACUACACACAUUAACUUGUUGAUUGUAGCUCAAUUCUUCAGUUCUUUAAAUAAAUUAGAUAAAAAAUAGAUUCAGUUCAGAGCUAUCAAAUUUGCAAACUAAUAUUUUAAUCACAUUUAUUUUCCAGAGUCAAAACAUGAUUUUAACCUUUUAGAAGUUAAAGGGGACAUAUUAUGUAAAACUCGCUUUUAGCUUUUGUAUUUCCGCUUGGGUCUCAACUGACCCUAUAAAUGUUAUAAACAAUCCAAGCUCCAAAAAAUCUAUCCAUCCAUUUUCUAUGAAUCAGCUGAAAGAGUUUGGAGUAAGGAAUUAUUUGUUUCUAUGAACUGUUUGGAUACUUCCUUAUUGUAACAUAACAAUAAGUGUCACGCCUGACCCUGUUUCCUGUCUGUCCUCGUGCCUGUGUUGUCCCACGUGACCCGUGCCCCUGUGUUCUGCCUGUGAUUUUCCAUUACCUGUGUCUCAUUUGUAGCUCCACCCCUUCCCCAGGUGUUUCCACUCCCAGUGUGUUUCCUGUUUAGUUAAAUAGCUUUCCUCUGUCACUUGUCCUGGUCGGUCUUUGCACUGUCUCCUGUUGUUUGUCUCUUUCUCUGCGUUUCUUAGAUUCUUAGUGUUUCCUUGUUCCUCGUAGCCUUUAGCUCUCUUCCCUUGUUAUUUUGUUCCUAGUUUAGUAGUUAUUCCCUGUUUAAGUUCUUAGCUCUGUUUAGAUUCUUGUCUACUCCCUUGCCCUGUCUAGCUUUAGUUAUUAGUUUAUUUCUUUGUUUAUCUACUCCCGCUUUGUUUGUUAGUUAUUAUCUAUCUAGUUUAGUUCCUUAUUGUUUUCCUCGUUUGUUUUUGUCAGCCUCCCUAUUUGUUUGUAGUAUAUAUUUAUCUUCCUGUUUAUUCUGUUAUUUUCUAGUUCCCUGUGUUUUCCCUAGUUUAUUCCCUUGCCCUGUUUUAGUUUAUCCUGCCUAGUUUUAUAGUCUCCCCGUUUGUUUAUCUUUAGUAUCUCUUGUUUGUUUGUUAGUUUUAGCUCCCCUCUGUUUCUUGUUUUCUUUGUUUCUUGUUUACUUGUUUAUUUGUUUUUAUAUUUAUGUAUGUUUAUUUAAUAAAUUCGCCCUACCUGUGAAUACGUCCGCUUCCACGUCUCUCUGCCUGGGUCAACCCUGACAAUAAGGAAACCUGCAUAGAACCACCCUGGCUCCACCCCUCACACGUCAACCGCCACCAGAGUCCCACACACUAGAUCAGUUUAAGAAAAAAACAUUUUGAUCAUUUUGGUUGAGAACCUCAGUUGAGACAGUACACAGCAGGAUUAGCCAGCAGACUUCGUCUGUGGGAGGGAUCUGUACCUGUGGCAUGUCAAGCUACAGUUGAUUAAUCCCUAUUGAAUAACCACGAAUCCACAGAUAAAGGAAACACAUUCAUUGAUUAAUAUUGAAACAAUUAAAUGUAAUAUACCUAUUAUUGUUGUCAUAUAAAACCAGUAGCAACUUUACAGCAAAAUAAAAUUUUGGGAACAUUUUUAUUUGUCUUUAAUUAGGAAAUAUUGACACAGUAUGAAGAUCAACAGCUGUAAAAUAAUAAAGGUAAGAUACAGUAGAUAAAAGGUUUUUGUGUUAAAAUAGUUUUAUACUAAUUAAUCUAAUAUAUGUGCUUCUAUGUUGAGUUGAUCUGUUUGAGCAUUUUAUCAUUUAACUCUAAACAGUUCUCUGUAUUAAUUUGAUUUUAUUUGUAAUGUACUCAGAUUGUAUUCCUGUAAUCUUGUAAUGUUGUGGGAUAUAUCUUAUAAAUAAUAAAGUGGAAGCUGAAAGCUCAGAAAA